UGAUAAAGGACUGUUGACUGGGUUUGGCGACUUACGAAACUUUUUUUGGGAACUUGAAAAGAGAUCAGAUAGGACAGUGUCCUAAGGACACUAUAAACAUAAUUUUUUUGUCCAUAUAAAUAUGAAUUAUGAAGGAAAAUACUGUAAUUUUGCUACCUGAAUUUUUGCUGCAAAGCAUGUAAAAUAAUAAAAAUGCUGUUUAAAAAACAGGUCUGGAAUUAUUUCUGUAGAGGACGAAGAAAGAAAAUCACAAGUCUCGUUAUAAUUUUAAUUGUUUUGGUAAAUGUUAUGCUUUAUACAAGUUUACUUUUAUAUAAUACAGUACAAAAUCGAAAUAACAAACAUUGGUAUGAUAGAAUUCACUUUGAUCAAGACUCUUAUGUUGAUACUAAAGGAAUGAGAGUAAUAGUUGGUCAUUAUGUUGGUGGAAACUCUGGAGGGAAUUUAACAGAGGAAAUGGUAAAUAGCAAUAACUAUGCUCCCGUGGAAGGUGUAGGUGAGGGUGGUCGGCCUGUACAAAUGACACAGAGAGAAAUAAUUACAGCCAGAGAAUUGUAUGCUUUACAUUCCUACAAUAUACUUGUUAGUGAUAAGAUAUCCAUUAAUAGAAGCCUGCCGGACAUGAGAAGUGAAAGUUGUAGGAAUGUGCAAUAUAAUUUGGAGAAUUUACCGACAGCAAGCAUUAUUAUAGUCUUCCAUAAUGAAGCUUGGUCCACUCUUAUGAGAACUGUGAUGUCAGUACAUUUACGAUCUCCUGUAGGUUUAUUGAAACAAAUUAUUUUAGUUGAUGAUGCAAGUACAAGGAGAUAUUUGGGUAAAGAGUUAGAUAAUGCUGUAGCAAAUCUAGAUAAAGUACAAAUUUUGAGAAGUACAAACAGGACAGGAUUGGUUGGUGCUAGACUCAUGGGAGCGCAUGUAGCUACGGGAGAUGUAUUGGUCUUUCUAGACGCUCACUGUGAGGUCACACAAGGUUGGCUCGAACCUCUUUUAGAUAGAGCAGGAAGUGAUGAUGUAUUCAUAUGCCCACAUAUAGACCUUUUGUCAGACGAAACACUGGCAUACACAAAGAGUAUUGAUGCGCAUUGGGGCGCGUUUAGUUGGCGUCUGCAUUUCCGCUGGUUAAUGCCGAGCGAUGAAGUUAUGAUGACUAAAACGAAUAACCCAUCUAAACCUUAUCCAACUCCAGCGAUGGCUGGCGGUCUUUUUGCCGUUAGAAAAAGUUUAUUUUGGCGUCUAGGCGGUUAUGACGAAAGUAUGCUCAUAUGGGGUGCAGAAAAUCUUGAAUUAUCGUGGCGAGCCUGGCAAUGUGGUGCGAGAGUCGAAAUAACGCCCUGCUCUCGAGUUGGACAUAUUUUCAGACGGCACAGCCCAUAUAAAUAUCCCGGUGGUGUGGCAAAAGUACUUAAUACGAAUCUCGCCAGAGCUGCAUCCGUGUGGAUGGACGAAUGGGCCGACUUUUUCUUCAAAUUCAACCCUUCCGACGUCACCAUUCGUGACCAUCAAAGUGUAGCAGCUAGGAUUACAUUGAGGAAGAAUUUACAAUGCAAAAGUUUUAAAUGGUAUCUGGAGAAUGUGUGGCCUCAACAUUUCUUCCCCACUGACGAUAGGUGGUUCGGUCGGAUACGCAAUGAAAAGGGUAGUUGCUUGGGCAUACUUGCUGGUACGCCAGGUCUUGGCGGUCCGGCAUCUGGUAUCAGUUGUGGGAGUGAUCUCGAUUUAGAACGAUUGCUUGUAUACACAAUGGACGGAAGAAUAAUGGCCGAUGAGGGUCUGUGUCUACAAGAGGGCAACGGUAGAGCUGUUUGGAAGAGUUGUAAUAAUAGUCAUAAACAAGUAUGGAAGCAAAAGCGGCCGCGAUUGAAAACACCCGAGGGAUUAUGCUUGACGCAACUAAUCAGUAAUAGUAAAGAUGGCGUCACAGAUCCUUUAACAACUAAAAGAUGCGUAAAUGACAAUGGUCAAAUCUGGCAUUUUGAACGAGUGCCUUGGCGUUAAUGUGAUAAAAUAUUUUAUGGUACAAAAUUAUACUGCAAAUGUACAAUAGAUUAAGGUUAUGAAAUGUUCACUAUAAUAUUAUGUAAAUUUCGAAAUCUGAUAACAAGCUUUAAUUUUGUUUCAUAUUUACAAAUGCAUUAUUUUUGUUGAUAUUGGAGCGAGAGCCCACAAGGCUGAAAUUUUUUAAAAUACCUUAAUCAUCUCAAUUGAAAAAUUAAAAAAUUAAGCUAAUUUUAUUAUAAAGGACUGGGUAUCAUUCGCAAUUAGUUUGGAUUUUUAACCGAUGUUUUUAAAAGCGGAGGAGGUUUCGUAUCUCGAUUACUCCGUGGAUUUUUAACUGAUUCGUAUGUUUAUUUUUGUGUUUGGGAACUUGUUGCCGCUAGGUCCUAUUUUAGAAUCUAGUGGUAGACACCUCCGCUCCCCAGGACAUCGGCUACCUUUUUUAUAAGAAAUAAUUAACAUUAUGAAUAAUUCAUCUGAUUAAUUAUAAUUUUUUUUUUAUGGUUAUUGUAAUUUAUAAUUUAUAAGUAAUAACAAUUAUAUCUAAUUACAAUGUUAUUUUGCAAUAAGCGACGAACGAUUAAUAUACUAAUUUGUCUGUGAUUAACGGUGAAUACAUAUUUUGUUUUGUAUUUAUAUAGCAUACUUUUUUUUUAA